AUGCUGCUGCCCAUCGUAAGAGUUCUAUUUGAAUUGAUAUGCAAGCAACCGGCCGAUAGCGAGGAUGACGAAUUGGAUGGCAAUAGUUAUGCGGAGGGGGCCAGUCAUGCCCUCGAUGAGAUAGCCAUGAUUGUGUCAGGUGACCAACUUUUGCCACUCGUGUUUCAGUUAAUGGAGCCGGCUAUCCAAAGUACGAACAAUCUUACUCAUCGGGCAGCCUAUAACUGCAUGGGCACUAUCUCUGAGGGUUGCAUGGAGAUCAUAUGCAAGCAAUACUUGGAAGUAAUGUUGAAUGUCAUCAAAACGGGCACACAGGAUCCCGAUUUGAAAAUAUUGACAAUGCUUUUGGAAUAUCUUCGCCAGUUGAUAGGGGAUAUGAAACGAGGAACGGUACCAAUAACCAAACAUGUGGAUCAAUUCAUUUAUGCCUUGGAAAAGUGUUGCGAAUCAAUGGACGAGAUGAUUGACCAUCACUUACCCGGGGUAAUGGAUUGCCUCUUUAAAGCCUUGAAUUCACCACACACGCUUACAUUGAGGUCCUAUUGCUUGUCGGCUCUUGCUUCUGUUUCUGGUUCGGGCAAGCUUAUAUUGCCGUAUUUUUCUCAAAUUGUCGCAGUGAUGCAGAAUUAUUUGGUCAAGGACUGUGAUGAGGAGAUCGGUCGGCUACGUAUUAUAGCUAUCAAUACAUGGUCAGUUUAUGUUCGAAUCGUGGGCGAUGAAGUUAUGGCGCCUUAUUGCAACAAAUCGAUGGGCUAUUGCCUACUGAUGUUAUCAAAAGGUCCGGAUGAUCCAGAGGUUCGAUUUGCUGUUUACAAUCUUCUCGGAGCCCUUUCCAAUGUUUUUCGGGAGAAUAUGGCUGGAUAUCUACCCAAGAUAAUGGAUCGCAUCCUUCUAUCUGUUGUAUCACCAUGCGGUAUUCCGGCCGGAGGCAAGGAUUGCGGAGAUAAAAAAGACGUUGAUGGCGACGAUUUUGAUGAUAUGGUGGAAAAUGAUUACGUCACUGAAAUGGAGCAGGCUAUGUUUGCCCUCAAAGAAUUUUCAGAAACUACGGGCGCUGCUUUUGGCCCUUAUCUGCAGGCGGUGUUUGAGAAUGUAUAUAAAGUGAUUGAACAUCCGUUACCAUCAGUACGUAAGGCGUGUGUUGAGAGUCUUUCCAAAUUUCUGACGGCUUUCCAUCGCCUGGGCAAUGAAACGGCCUUUACCGAAUACUCUAAGAUUAUAGUACGCAAAUUAUAUGAGAUGAUUGUUAAAGAUGAUAACCGGACUGUGGUUGUUAAUAUUCUGGAUGAUUUAAUUGACCUCAUCAGGGAUUUUGAGGCAGCCGCUAUACAAUCUCAAGAGGUUGUGAAAUUGCUCUUCAAAACUUUGAAGGACGUCAGGACAAUCUAG